ACCACCACCACUUCCUCAACAACCACCAGCACGACCACCACCUCGACGACCACCACCACCCCUACAACCACCACAGAGAAGACCACACCCCUUCCUACCAAACCAGCUUCAACCAGCACAACCACCUUGAUAGUACAGACUACAUCCUCCACGGGAAAAGCAAAGGCUGGUCCCCAAGGUCCCACUGGUGAACCAGGCCCACCUGGCUUAAAUGGAAUUGAUGGGAUGGACGGGCUACCAGGAAUGGCUGGAUCUAAGGGCGAGAAAGGGGAACAAGGUGAAACUGGGCCCAAGGGGGCUAGUGGACCAACAGGAGCUGCUGGGCCAUCUGGAUUAAACGGCACGACUGGCCCCUUAGGCCCGAAAGGAUUAAAAGGAGAUAAAGGAUUGAAAGGAGAUACUGGUGCCACUGGUCCUGCAGGGCCAACGGGUCCCCCAGGACCCAGAUAG